CAGAAACUGAGCAAUCCCAUCGCAAAUACAUUCAGCACCAAGAAGGUGCCCUUUACACAUUUCAGAAUGUCACAUCAGAGCGGAAUACAACCAUCCGAAGAGCUUCUUACAACAUUCAACAAUGCAUUGCAAACGACAGACCAGCGUGCCAUCAAAGUUGUCAUUUCUGAGGAGGUCAUGACCGUUUCUGACACUUUGCCAGUGAAGGGAAGCUGGGAGGAAGAUUUUCCCCUCCUAUCGGCUUGGUUUGGGCCCACAGAACCCUGCUUCGUUCUGUGCCGGAUGGAUUCAACUCUGCCAAGUGGAGAUUUUGAAUGGAUCUUGCUGCAAUAUGUCCCUGAUUAUGCCAAAGUCCGAGAUAAAAUGUUGUAUGCAUCAACAAAGGCGACUUUGACAAAGGAAUUGGGCGACUCAAAGUUUGUGGACACCUUGUACGGAACAACACCGGCUGAAAUGUCGCUUGAUGGGUAUCGUAAGCACAUUAUACACAAGGAGGCAGAUGUGCCAUUGACGGAACGUGAAAUCGAAGCUCAAGCCGUUAGAUUGGCAGAGUCGAGUGCAGACAUUGGAAUGUCGUCACGGAGAUCUCAUGCCCAAGGCGUGACAUUCCCCUUUUCGGAUACGGCUAAGGGCGCUUUGCGACAACUGAAGGAUGGGAAAGCGAAUGUGGUUGUACUGUCGGUAGACUUGUCCCAAGAAUGCAUGGAACUUGAUACGGCAGGGGAUACGACUUUGUCAGAGCUACCGUCAGUCAUUGAGCCCUCAGUUCCACGUUUUGUAUUUUUCACUUUCCAAAAUACCGAAUACAAUGGCGCGCCUUCCUCCCUAAUCUUCAUUUAUGUUUGCCCGCCUGAGUCGAAAGUGAAGGAGCGCAUGCUGUAUUCCUCUUCUCGUGCCAGCGUUGUUGCGUAUGUAGAAGGUGAAUUGCAGUUAAAUGUGGUAAAAAAGUUCGAGGUUGACUCUGUCGACGAGGUGGAUGAAGCCACUUUAACAGAAGAGCUCUACCCGAAACAACAGGGUACACCAGGAAUGACGAAGCGUGCGUUUGCACGGCCGACUCGACCGGGAAGAGGUCCUGCGCGCGUAUCACGGGCAGGGACUCCUUCCUCUACUGGGAGUGCAGAUACUUCUUAGGAUCAAUGGAAAAUGUAGAUUUCGAAAACAUUUGAGAUCCCUUUUUAUUUAGACCGGCGACAAUCUCAAGUUUUACGCCGUGUCAAAUGGUCGUAUAUGACCACCUGUGUGUGCUCAUCGGUCUCAAUUUCUGUUCGCGUCGUGUUAUCACCUGGUUUUGGCUCCUUGAACGCGAGGAGGAAGAUUAACUUGAAGGAAAUAUACUCUGGUGCCAAUAGAACAAGACAUCUCUCAUCUUUCAAUCCAC